AUGUCUACCAACAAGGAGACAGAGACCUCCGCUACCGCUCCCACCACCUCCAACAAGGGAUCUGCUCCUACGAGCACCGCUCCUGGCUCUAUCGCCAGCAUAUGGCUGGCCACCAAGGCCAAGAUCACCAAAGACCCCACCACGGGCAACCUCAUCAAGAAGGCCAAUGGUCACAAGCUCGUCUCUGCGCCUUCGGGCUUCAGAUUCAUCUUCGAAGAUGAGAUGCUGCAGCAUCUCAUGCUGCUCAACGCUUGA